AUGGAUGCAAAGCGUCUGACUUUUAAUGAAACCUCGAUGAUAACCCCACCCAAAUGUCAUGCGUUCCAGACACCGUACCCCACAUCCAAAAUCCUGACAGACCAUCUAGGAUCUUCAAAGGAUUCAUAUUUGAAAGGUUAUAGAGAGGCUGGAUCAUACUGCUCCCCCAGUCCAUUCGGUUCCCUAGGUUUUCAAAGUUGAAACAUAUAACACACAAAACAAGUAUCAUUACUAUACUAAAACGAUUAAAAUUACGAUACCUCGAUUUCCUGACGUAAAUUGUGUAUAUCCUUUUCGCUCUUCCCAUGUUUAAGAAUAAAUUUCAACGCAACAGUCUGAGAAAAAAGGUGUCAAGGGUUAUAAUAAAUAAUCAAAAACAACGCGUCAUAGAAAACUUAGUAAAGUUCAAAAACCUGAUAAUUUUUACCUUUCCAGUGUAUUUGCGCCUCCCUUUGUAAACUUUUCCGAAGGAGCCUUCCCCGACCAACUCAAUUACGUGGUAAUCUUCAAGACCCAUCCCCUUAAUUUGCUGCCACCAGUUCAGGGGACGAGCUCCGGGUAUAUUGUAAUCAAUCCACAGUUACUUCUAGCUGGACCAAAUAAGACUAGCCCGCUCCAGGAUCAAGAAAUGAGUGAAUAGAUCCAGGAUCGAGAAGAACCACGUCCAAGGGACCAACAACGACAGCACGAGUGAGCUGAACCAAGAAGAAUAUCAAAAGCAAAAUGCGUCUUAAAACGACAACAGACCCAUCGCUCGGCGCAACGAAUGGUUUUCCUCCGUGGGAGACGCCCUCUUACCCUCUAUUCCGCUGACCUUCGGCACCAGCCCGACAUCAUUCUCCAGUCCGAGCGAAGGUGGGAGCGGGCAGACUCGGAGAGAGCACUCGAAGGUUGGGAGGGGGGGGGGGGGGGGGGGGGGGGGGGGGGGGGGGGGGGGGGGGGGGGGGUGAGGGGAUGAGACGACAGGCGGGAAUUCAAAAAUGGAGAUCGCCGACCCGUGUUGCCAACGGAGUAAACUCGGAACGGCUUCCGAGUUAA